AACCUCAGUACUACUCCUCCUUGUCCACUCUCUCUCUUCAUCAGUUCCUUCCUUCGCAGGAAAAUAUAUAUCCCGAGGCUUAGGUUCCCUCAAAACCCGGCAAGAUGAGAGAGAUCCUCCAUGUUCAGGCCGGCCAAUGCGGGAACCAGAUCGGCGGCAAGUUCUGGGAGGUCGUGUGCGACGAGCACGGAAUCAAUGCCUCAGGGAAUUAUGUCGGGGACUCUCCCGUCCAGCUUGAAAGGGUGAACGUCUACUACAACGAGGCGAGUGGCGGCAGGUACGUCCCCAGGGCAGUCCUCAUGGACCUCGAGCCUGGAACGAUGGAUAGCCUGCGUACUGGACCAUUCGGGAGGAUAUUCCGGCCAGACAACUUCGUGUUUGGGCAGAACGGGGCAGGGAACAACUGGGCCAAAGGGCAUUACACUGAAGGCGCCGAGCUGAUCGAUUCUGUUCUCGACGUUGUGCGUAAGGAGGCUGAGAAUUGUGACUGCUUGCAAGGGUUCCAGAUAUGCCACUCGCUGGGAGGCGGGACGGGUUCUGGAAUGGGGACUCUGCUGAUAUCGAAGAUAAGAGAAGAGUAUCCGGACCGGAUGAUGAUGACCUUCUCCGUCUUCCCAUCCCCGAAGGUCUCCGACACGGUGGUGGAGCCCUAUAAUGCCACUCUCUCUGUCCACCAGCUCGUCGAGAAUGCUGAUGAGUGCAUGGUCCUCGACAACGAGGCGCUCUACGACAUCUGCUUCCGCACCCUCAAGCUCGUCAAUCCCAGUUUUGGUGACCUCAACCACUUGAUCUCGACGACCAUGAGCGGGGUCACGUGCUGCCUCCGCUUCCCGGGGCAGCUCAACUCCGACCUGCGGAAACUCGCCGUGAACCUCAUCCCCUUCCCCCGCCUCCACUUCUUUAUGGUCGGGUUCGCACCCCUGACCUCCCGCGGUUCCCAGCAGUACCGGGCCCUGACAAUUCCUGAGCUGACCCAGCAAAUGUGGGAUGCCAAGAACAUGAUGUGCGCUGCAGACCCGAGGCACGGGCGCUACCUGACGGCCUCAGCCAUGUUCCGGGGCCGCACAAUGAGCACCAAGGAGGUGGACGAGCAGAUGCUCAAUGUCCAGAACAAGAACUCCUCCUACUUUGUGGAAUGGAUCCCCAACAACGUGAAGUCGAGCGUGUGCAGCGUGGCCCCCAAGGGGCUGACCAUGUCCUCGACAUUCGUCGGGAACUCGACCUCGAUCCAGGAGAUGUUCAGGCGCGUGAGUGAGCAGUUCACGGUCAUGUUCCGGAGGAAGGCUUUCUUGCACUGGUACACCGGGGAAGGGAUGGACGAGAUGGAGUUCACCGAGGCCGAGAGCAACAUGAACGACCUCGUGUCCGAGUACCAGCAGUACCAGGACGCUGCAGCCGACGAAGAAGAGGACUACGAUGAGGAUGCGGAAGAGGAGUAAUUGCCAUGUGUUUGCGGGCGAUGAUCAUGUGAUGUAUGUAAAAAACGUUUGAUAUUGAGGUUUGGUCAUAAGCUGGGAGCUUUGCGCUCUCAUGGGAAAUGAUUAUUUGGAAUGCUUUUCUUGUUGGGUUUAUUCUUAUAAAUUGGGUGAGAUUUGUAUUUUUGGUGAAAAUGUGUAUACAUAUAUUGCUAAAGCUAUGUUUUAUGCUCGAUUGAUGCACACUUUCGGCCC